ACCUACAAGUAUAAAUAUGCAACAAUCACUAAACCAAAAAGCAUUGCAACAUAAAUUGGAACACAACAAAAAACUUUUAUCAAAGCACAUACAAAAAAGUUUGAAACUAUUAACAAAUUCUGCAUGUAUUGGGGUGGAGUUAUGGCUGGCCAAAUUGGUCAUGGUAUGAUGGAGGAAGAUGUAUGGAGAAAAGGACCCUGGACUGCUGAAGAAGAUAGGUUGCUUAUUGAGUAUGUUAGGCUGCAUGGUGAAGGUAGAUGGAACUCUGUUGCUAGACUUACAGGAUUGAAAAGGAAUGGAAAGAGUUGCAGAUUGAGAUGGGUGAAUUAUCUUAGGCCUGAUCUCAAAAGGGGUCAAAUAACACCUCAAGAAGAGAACAUAAUUCUAGAGCUUCAUGCUAGGUGGGGAAACAGAUGGUCAACAAUUGCAAGAAGCUUACCAGGAAGAACAGAUAAUGAAAUAAAAAAUUACUGGAGGACUCAUUUCAAGAAAAAGGCAAAAAGACCAUCUGAUGCUGCCGAAAAGGCGAAAAACCGAAUCAUGAGGAAGCAGUUAUUUCAUCAUCAACAACAACUGUUAAAUCAGCAGCAGCAGCAACAACUUCAAUUCAACUUGGACAUUUCCAAGUUUGAAGAAAAUAAUAAUAGAUUUCCUUAUAUAUCUCAAACUAGACAAGAAAUGUUGAACAACAUUUGUCCAAACACAACAGAAGAACAGGGAAACUUUAUGCUCAAUGGAAAUUAUUCUGUGCCAGAUUCUUCAACAGAUGAAAAUUUGUGGGAUGGUAUGUGGAAUUUGGAUGAUGUUCAAGGAAAUUUCAGUAACAAAACUGGUUUAUAUAAUUUAGUUGCUCCUUAUUGCUAGUCUUAUUUUGGUUGAGGAAAUUUAUAAUUAAGUACUUUUAGUUUUAGUUUAAGUUAUAGUUUUGAUAUAAGGCUCCAAAAACCAUGAGCUUUGGAUUUGUAGCAUAAGGUGUGUAGUUGAGUUAGUUGUCAAUAAAGUGUCUCAGUUUUGCUUCUAAAACU